AUGCCUUGUAUCAAGCAACUCGAUUCACUCUCGUCAAUUAUAGACUUUACAUCAAAUGGCUUGGUACUAAAGACUCCAACCGCUUUAGAUAGACACAUGUUGAAUGGUUGGUCGCCAUCUACCUUGCAAAGCUACAAUUCGGCCGUGAGGAAAUUUUUGCAGUUUAAAAGGUCCUGUGGUCAUUAUGACUUUCAACUGCCAGCGACUGAAGACGACAUUUACGGGUUCUGUUUUUGGGCGGGUAAAAAGGACAAAGACACCUCAGGAAGUGGGGUACUCACGGUGACACUCAAGAAAUAUCUGCAAGGGUUGAAGGCUUGGCACCUUUUCCACAACGCACCUUACCCGGCAGCCUCAGCGGCAAAAGUAGCGGUGCUCCUUAAAGCAUCGGCUAAAGUCGACGUGAAGCAACCCAAAACACCUCAGAAACGGCCGGUCAUGAUUCAUCAUCUGGUAAUCCUAGCCAACGAACUAUCGGGCGGGGACGAGGCCGACCUCGCAAUUCUAGAUUUGGCGCUCGUAACUUUCUGGAGCUUAGCUAGACUAGGCGAAGUAACGCGGGACCCAAAGAAAGGCAAUACCCAAGGCAUACUCCCUGGCGAUGUGAAGAUCAAUAACGACUAUGGGUCGGCCACCAUAGAACUAAAGGAAUCUAAGACGGCACGCCCUGGCGAAUCACAAUUCUUGAGAUUGAGGAGCAUGCCGAACCUCCUUUGUCCCAUCAAAGCCUUGCAGCGUAGGCUCGCGGCUGCGGACAAGGGCGAACAACUGUUCAGCUUUGUAGUGAAGGGCAAUAGGACAGACCUCACAAAGUACUUGGUUCGCAAGCGACUAGCAGAGGUUUGGGGAGGCUGUGGAUUCCACGGACUCUCAGGUCACUCUUUCCGGGUAGGAGGAGCGUCAUUCCUUAAGGCGUUGGGGGUCUCCACGGCGCGCAUUUGCGAAAUCGGCUGA